AUGCUCUGUCAGACUUAUGGAGAAGAGCUCGAAGAAACUGAGGCGGAAGCAUUUCUCUUAAACAGUGCUCGGUCAAACAUCUCUCAUGGCGGGCGCAUCGCAACAAGGCUUAGGCAGAAUAUCUUUGGUUUGAUCCUUCUUAUUAUCAGCUGCGUAAUGUUUUGCCUCUCCUUGUGGGUUCAUCUCCUACCAGUGCGGCCAACAGACCAGCAGUGUGUGAGACAGCUUAACGCCCCAUGUAUGCCACAUGCCGACAGAAUCAAGCUUCAACUAGGGAUGCUAAUGCUGUUGAUAGCCCCGGUUUAUGAUGUCUUUGAAUAUGAAGACGUACAGUUUGAUAACGCGUUCUGGAAGCCGAGCCCUUACAAGGGCAAGCCAACACCUGAACUGGAGGCGAGGUGGAAGGAGUUGUGGUAUUAUGGCUCAUUUGACUUGCCAGAUUCUUAUCUAGAAGCUCUUAACAAGUCCUCCGAGGGGCAUGAAGGAGACCGUUGGGCGCGUACAUCUUCUGGAAAUCUUCUUGCUGGCCUUGAAGUUUUCCAUAAUUUACAUUGCCUCAAUCUCCUGAGACAAUUCGUGCAUAGGGAAGAAUAUGAUUACAGCGGAGAUCCAGCCUUCCAUGGAGAUGCAGAGCUGGUCCUUGCGCAUGUUGACCAUUGCAUUGAAGCACUCAGGAUUAGACUGCAGUGUGCUGGCGAUGUGACACCGUUUUUGCACACAACGGGAGCGAAAGGGAUACAGCCCGAUUUUGAUUCCCAACACAGGUGCCCUAAAUAUGAUCGCAUAAUUGAAUGGGCUAAAGAAAGGCAAAUCAUGGUAAAUAAACCUGCGACACAUGAAGGUCAUGGUCAUUAA